AGUGUGGCCCCAGAAGUGCCACCUGUCAGUGUCCAUCAGUGCCAGCAGUCAGUGCCCAUCAGUGCCACCCAUCAGUACCAGUCAGUGCCACCUAUCAAUGCCAAUCAGCGCCACCUAUCAGUGGCACCUAUCAGUGCCAGUCAGUGUCGCCUAUCAGUGCGCAUCAGUGCUGCCUAUCAGUGCCAGUCAGUGCUACCUAACAGUGUCAGUCAGUGCCGCCUAUCAGUGCCAGUCAGUGCUGCCUAUCAGUGCCAUAUAUCAGUG